AUGGGAGUUUAUAUCCCGGAAUCUAAUACAAGCUCCAACUUCACUCCCGGCAGCGACUCAGCCACAGUCCACGAAGCUGGAGCGGCUCUCCCGGGCUAUAUGAUGGUGAUCCUGGCCGUGCUUAUGAUAACUCUGGUAGUCGUGGUUGUGGCUGGUAACGCACUUGUUAUCCUGGCUUUCAUUGUUGACAAGAGCCUAAGAAAUCAAAGCAACUACUUCUUCCUCAACCUUGCUCUUUCAGAUUUUCUUGUUGGUGCCUUCUGCAUCCCUGUGUACAUCCCCUACAUCCUGACAGGCCGCUGGGUGCUGGGCAGAACUCUCUGUAAGCUGUGGCUCCUCAUGGACUACCUGCUGUGUACUGCCUCUGUCUUCAACAUCGUCCUCAUCAGCUACGACCGAUUCCUCUCCGUCACCAGAGCAGUGAAAUACAGAGCGCAGCAGAGCAUGACCCACCAUGCUGUGGUAAAGAUGGUGACUGUGUGGGUGUUAGCCUUCCUUCUCUAUGGCCCUGCCAUCAUCUUCUGGGAGCUGGUCGUGGGCAAAACCAUCGUCCUUGCCGAUGAGUGUUUCGCUGAGUUCUACUGCACCUGGUACUUCCUACUCAGUGCGUCUACGAUUGAGUUCUUCACCCCGUUUAUCUCUGUGGCCUUCUUCAACCUGAGCAUCUACCUGAACAUCCAGCGGAGGAACAAGAGCAGGGCUAUCCGUAAGGAGGACACCAAGGCACACAGGGACAGGGGCAGUCUCAGGGACGGGGGUGCUGCCUUGACUGUGUUUUUGACUUGCAAGGCAUCAUCGAGCAAGCCAGCUGCUGUUUCAGCUGUGAUAGAGAAGGACGAGGAGCUGUCGCCAUCCUCCAGUGGGGAGCCUAGUAGCGGACACACCUUCAUACAGAGUAAGAAGGGCCCCACUUGCAGGAUCACUUCCAGGCCCCUUCAAUCCCAAUCCCCCACCGGGCCCCCCAGCAGGAGCUCACAGAGCUCCCGCCUCUCCCACGACAAGAAGAUUGCCAAGUCGCUGGCCAUUAUAGUGUGCAUUUUUGGGAUCUGCUGGGCACCCUACACUCUAUUGAUGAUAAUCCGAGCAGCCUGUAGCGGGCGAUGUGUGGAGCACUACUGGUACGAGAUGACUUUUUGGCUCUUGUGGCUGAACUCUGGUAUUAACCCUUUCCUGUACCCUCUCUGCCACAGCAGCUUCCGAAGGGCUUUUGCUAAGAUAUUGUGCCCCAACCGGCAGUCUGUCCAACCUCACAUUGAGACCCAGUCUUGCUAG